AUGCCGUCGCCAGAGACUGCUUCUGAUAAUAAAAAACCAAAAAGCAACCAAAAAAAUAAACCUGUAAAAAAUAAUCAGAGGAAACCUGCAAAUUCUGAGGUAGCAGCAAAAAAGGAAGCACAGAAAAAUGCUGUUAAACUCCAGCCUGUUGGAAUUGAAGACUCAGAUAAGGAGGAGGAAAAUAAAAAAGAGACUACUGUAACCAAAAGCGUAACUGCUGGGGACGAAGAAGAAGAAGAGCAAAUUUGCUUUAUUUGUGCUGAACCAAUUGCGUAUACAUGCAUUCUUCCCUGUAAUCAUCGUAUGUGCCAUAUUUGCGCCAUACGUUUGCGCGCUUUGUACAAAACUAAAGAAUGUACAUUCUGUAAGGUCCCAUGGGACGUGAUUUCAAUUACCCAAGACCAUGAUAUGGAUAUCCGAGACGUUGAAAUGGAUAAUUUUCCAUUUCAAGACAAGAAGCUUGGACUUCUGUAUGAUAAUCAAAAAGUACAAGACGAAUGCAAUCUUUUACUUCAAUUCAAUUGUCCAGAAGAGGCUUGCGAUAUCACUUGCAAAGGAUGGUUUGAUUUGAAGCUUCACUGUAAAGUGACGCAUCACAAGUAUUUUUGUGAUUUAUGUAUCAACCACAAGAAAGUGUUUACCCAUGAGCAUACCCUAUUUUCUAAGAAGGGAUUGACAAAGCAUUGUGAAGUAGGUGACCAGGGUGCUGAUCUGGACGUUACUGGGUUUAGGGGACACCCUAAGUGCGGUUUUUGUAGCUCUCAUUAUUAUGAUGACGACGAGCUUUACAAGCAUUGUCGUGAGAAACAUGAGCGUUGUUAUAUUUGUGAUCAGCUUUCGGGUCGUCCUACCCACCAAUACUACAGAAACUACAAUGCCUUGGAACGUCAUUUUGAAAAAGACCAUUUUGUUUGCACCGAAAGGGAGUGUGUAGAAAGAAAAUUUGUGGUUUUUGGUACCGAAAUUGACUUAAAAGCUCAUCAAUUAGAAGAGCAUCCUCAACGACUUAGUGCUAAAGAGUUACGAGAAGCACGCACAAUCGUUCCAGAAUUUGAGUAUGAACCCCCAGGAAGCGGUUUGGGAAGAACUCGCCGAAACCGAAAAAAUCCAUCCAAUGCUUCCACUGAAGAGGCGACUUCUUCAUUGGCAAACUUGCAUUUAUCUCGUGAAGAGAUUGCUCAUAUAAGACACGAAGAAUAUAUGAGUUCGCAACAAGCUCGUAAUGCAAAUUUUGGAUUUGCCUUAUCAUCGCCAGCGCCAUCUGCCGCAGCAUCUUCCAGACCAGUUUCUACAGCAGCUCCCAGAACCGGUGCUAUCGGAAAGCAAAGGGCCUUGAGAAUAGAAGAAUUUCCUUCGCUUAAUGAACUUUCGAACCCCCAAGCACGGGUGAGUCAACCUUCCCCUAGUCCUGUCCGCACGACAGUUGCAGCGAGUAGCCGUACCUCGUCUCCUGCCAUUUCUCGUAUGUCAUCAUCUCAAAAUCUAAAAGCUGCUGCUACGGCCAAGAAAGGCUCUCCCAUGGUUUCUAAUGUACAGGGUCAACACCAGCAAGUUAUUGACCGGAUGAUGAAACUAACAGGUUUUGACGAGAAUAAGGUUAAUGAGUUUAAAUUUGCAGUUUCGUCUUUCCGUGGAAAUGUGAUGUCGGCUCGAGAAGCUAUGGAUCGUAUUACCAGGUUGGUAUCCAAGCCACAAGAACAACUUUCAGGAAUUAUGAAUCAUAUUGCAGAUUUAUUAGAGAAUAAAGAUAAAAGCAAAGAGCUUCUUGAAGGAUGGCACGAAUGGAAGAUUAUGAAUUCUCAGGAUCAGCCUCAUAUUGGUACAAAUAAUGCCAAUUUGUUGCGCUUAAAGAAAUCAAAUCGAACAGCUGCUCAAACUGCAAGUGUUUGGAACCGUAUCGAAACAGCCGCUAGACAUAGCGGGCCCGCAUUAUCGGCACCUUCGUCUAGAAGCAAAUUGAAAGCUUCGGCUUCUUCUCCAGCUCCUGUCAGAAACGUCAAUACUAGAUCCCUUCCUUCUUGGGGUAUACCCACGAAAACAAGAUCAUCAGCUCUGAAAAUGAAUUCUGAGGUUGAUUUUCCUUCUCUUCCUCCUUCUACUUCGAAGAGGAUUCAAGUCCAGAUUGGCAAAAAGCCAGCGCGUGGAGCAGAUUUUCGGGCUGCUUCUGAAGCUCAAGCAGUAUCCUCUGCCUCGGAUUCGGCGAAUCGACCUUCAGCUUCGAAAAAAAAGAAUGGAAAAAAGCAAACUGUUUUGUUUCACCUAGGUUAA